AAAGACUUUUAUUUUGAAAUAAACUACCCUCAUGUCCGCCCUUACAUUGUCGUUUCCUUCACAUCCUCAGGCGGAGAAAAGAAGCGGAGAUCUGAUGGCUUUGAAAAGGAUCCAGAAGGAGCUACAGGACUUGCAACGGGAUCCACCCUCGCAGUGCUCAGCUGGACCACUCGGAGAAGACUUGUUUCACUGGCAGGCGACAAUAAUGGGCCCAAGUGAUAGUCCAUAUCAGGGAGGGGUUUUCUUCCUCACAAUCCAUUUCCCGACUGAUUAUCCCUUUAAACCACCAAAGGUUGCCUUCACAACAAAAAUCUACCACCCAAAUAUCAACAGUAAUGGAAGCAUCUGUUUGGACAUUCUGCGCUCCCAGUGGUCACCUGCCCUCACGGUAUCCAAAGUUUUAUUAUCCAUAUGCUCCCUCCUUUGUGACCCGAAUCCAGAUGACCCUUUAGUUCCAGAUAUUGCACACAUCUACAAAUCGGACAAAGAUAAGUAUAACAGACUGGCAAGGGAAUGGACUCAGAAGUAUGCGAUGUAACUGGAUGGCAAGAUUUUGAAAUGGUUGCACAUGGACACUAUUACUGCACACGACUCUGCAACGCACCUGUACAGAGACGAGACGUUUACCAACAGAUGAACCUCCCCCUACACAAACUCACACACACACACACACACACACACACACACACACACGCAUAUAUAUACAUAUAUACACGCACAACCUUUCAGAAGAAAACUUGUUCAGGAGACUGAGUCACUUGUCCCUGUUCACAGAGGCAUCCCGGAACAACAUGUCAGUUAACACAUAACAAAAAAAUAUUGUUUUAUUUUCCAAUGGAUUAGUUACAUUUUAGUAAUUUUAUUGUAUAGAAAUAAAUACAAUACUGGAUCAUUUUUAUUGUUUUUGCAUUAAAAGGUGUUAUUAUAAAAUAU